AUGAAGACCUCCAUCGCUUGUUACCUAGCCCUCUUGGGCCUUGCUCAUGCCUAUCCAGGGCUAGGGCAUGCGGCCCCAAAGGUGCAAAGACGAGAGGAUGCACCCUAUGGCACUUUCCCUGUGGAAGACGACCCCUUCCAUUUUAUCCCCUGCACCAACGAGACAGUCCCGCCAAGACUAUCAGAUCGGAAUGCUACUCGGACCUGGAAAAAGCUCUUCAAUGCAGACCCCAAUCGCUGGACCUGGGGCAGCCCUAGGAGCGGCGUCAAUGAAACUUCAGAUGACCCAUUCAGGGGCAGAGGAAUCUACCUCUGUGGCUACCUCGACGUCCCAUUCGACUAUAACAACAAGUCCGAGAGUCGCAUCUUCCGCUUGGCUGUGAGCAAAUACCAGGCAUCGGGGUUGGCCCCUGCCGGAUCCAACUCAUCGACGGCCGGCAAAAAGAGCGAGAGGACCCUUGUGAUCAACCCAGGCGGUCCCGGUGGAAGCGGAGUGCAGUAUGUCGCUUUGGCGGCGGAGCAGCUCUCGGAACGAAUGAGCCGAGGUGUUAUCGACGUUUUGAGCUGGGAUCCUCGCGGAGUCAACGCAACCCAGCCGGCUGCCGAUUGUUAUUCCCACCCAGCCUAUGCUGAUCGUUGGCAGUGGGCAUCAUCGCUGUGGCCAGAGAUUGAGCCUGGCAAGGCAUCCGAGACGCAGUUUGCAUAUGCGGACGCCAUGGCCAAGGCGACCAUGCAAGCAUGCGCCGCUAGGCUCGGAGACCUCGGUCGUUUUGUGGGAACGGCUCUCGUGGCGCGAGACAUGGAUGAAAUCAGAAAGGCCCUCGAUGAGCCUGAGCUGACGGCCUACCUAAUAUCCUACGGCACCGAGCUGGGGCAGACAUACUCGAACAUGUUCCCGGACAAGGUCGGUCGUGUGAUCUUGGACGGUCCCACCUUCACCCUGGAGUGGCGCCUGACGACAAGCUUUGUCGUCCCCGCCUUGGACGACGUGAUGGACGCGUGGAAGGAGGGAUUUCUGGGUGAAUGUGUAAAAGCUGGACCGUUAAACUGCCACCUUGCCAGGCCGUCGCUGAGUGAUGGAGGAAACGGAUCAGUUACCGUGUCAGGAUUGGAACGUCGUGUGCGCCGACUGGUGGCAUCACUGGCCGAAAAUCCCCUACCAGCCUUCUCGAGCUCGACUGGGGCAAGCCUAGUCACCUUCACCAACAUGGCAUAUUUGUUGCUCAACGGCAUGUAUCAACCGAAUGCGUGGCCCCUGCUAGCCGCAAUUCUUUGGGGGCUCGAGCAGGGAGAGACCAACAUGCUCGAGGAUCUUGUGUACUUCCGCUACAUUCCGGAAUCUCCCCCCAGAAAUCCCGCCACCCCUGACACCUCGGAGCUCACACAGCUGGUGAUGUGCGGCGACUCAUACGACAACGAUGAGCAACCGAUUGAGUGGUGGCAGCAACUACGGGCAAACAUGACCGAGACGGCGUGGUUCACCGGCGAUCUGAGAAGCCAGCAGAUUCUAUACUGCCGACACUACAGGGACAAUUUUGGGCCACCUGUGGAGCUUUACAGGGGCAACCUGACCGCGGAGUUGAAGAACCCGAUGCUCUUGAUCGCGCAGACUCACGACCCAGCCACGCCCUUGUCCAACGGGCGCAAAAUGCUCGAGGCGAUGGGUAGAGACAACCUGAGGCUUGUCGUGCACCACGGCUACGGGCAUGGGACGCACGCAGAUGCGAGCAGCUGCACAGAGGCUCUGAUGAAGGCCUACAUCUCGGAAGGAAAGAUCCCCGACGAGACCGAGACGAACUGUUAUGCCGACAGAAAGCCCUUUGAUCUCCCGACCCCAGUGGGAGCGACUGACGGCGGCAACAGCACGGUGGUUUCGUUGCGCUCGUUGUCGGAGUCUAGAGAUCAGAACACCAGUGAGAGGCCUGAUUAUGCUGAUGGGAUCAGCAUGUUCGGGGACUUGAGACGAAAUAUUUGGUUGUGA